AGCUUACUAUUACUUCCUCUCAAACAGUCAGUGCAUUCUUUCACACCAGCGUCUUGGUGUCAUUGUAGCUACAGCAAGAAGAUCUAUGCAACAGCUACUGAAAUAUCAAUCGAAUAUACUUCAUUUUGUAUGUUUUUCUUUGAUUUCCUGGAUUUUAACCAAUGAUCAAGCUUGGGUAUUUGAUUGACAUGCGUGUUAAAAGUACUACAUGACAACUUGACAGCAGUAGGCUAGCCAUGGUGGAGCAAGCUUGGGUAUUGAGGAGUUUACUGGAGGAGUUGCAGACAGAGGAGGAUGAGGACCAGGAAGCACCCAAUGGGAUCUUUGCACAAUUUACUAGGCUGAGAAACCAGUCCAUGAAGUACCGCAGUGAGAGGACCUUCACCACUAAGUCAGCAGAGAAGUCGGACAACAUCAAGAAAAACAGAUACAAAGAUAUUAUACCCUUUGACCACAGCAGAGUGAAGCUAACUUUCACCACAUCCAAAAAUGACACUGACUACAUCAAUGCUAAUUUCAUCAAGGGAGUGUCAGGCUCCAGGGCGUACAUAGCCACUCAGGGCCCACUGCCUCACACUGUACUCGACUUUCUCAGGAUGCUGUGGGAAUACAACAUCAAGGUUGUGGUGAUGGCAUGUCGAGAGUUCGAGAUGGGGAAGAAAAAGUGUGAAUGCUAUUGGCCAAAGGAACAGGAUGCACCUUAUGUCUGCGAACCCUUUACCAUUUACUGUGAUUCAGAGAAAAAUAAAGGAGAUUAUGUGACAAGGACGCUGAGAGUGAAUUAUCGCGAUUGCAGCCGGACCCUGAAGCAGCUCCAUUAUGUGAACUGGCCUGACCAUGGUGUUCCAGACUCCAUCCCUCCCAUCCUGGACAUGCUGCAGGAGAUGCGCUCGUACCAGGAUCAUGACGACACACCCAUCUGUAUACACUGCAGUGCUGGCUGUGGCCGAACAGGAGUCCUCUGUGUUAUUGAUUACACAUGGAAUCUUUUAAAGAAUCAGAUGAUCCGCCCUGAUUUUAACAUUUUCGAACUGGUUCAAAACAUGAGAACACAGAGGCCAUCCGUGGUCCAGACCAAGGAACAGUAUGUGCUGGUGUACAGAACCAUCAAACUCCUUUUUGAGAGAUAUUUGGAGUCGGAGGAGUCACUGGAGCAAGAAAGCGAGGUUGACGCGGAGGAGGUCCUGGCUGAGUUGGGGAGCGGCUAUGAUAUGAACGAAGAUUUGAAUGAUCUGGAAACACAGCUACAACAUCUGCUGGAAACAGCAGCACAUCCACCACCAUCAGAACAUGUGUAUAGAAACCAGACUGAGACCAACCACCUGUGGCAGCAUCAUGACGAUCUGCAGGUGACAUCUUUUUUCUCUGAGAUCCCACAAAGCACAUCUCCUCAAGAACUGAACCUCCUGACUGAACCAGAACCAGAGGAGAGGAAAGGAGGGUGGAUAGAGGAGAGAGUGGAUGAGAGGAGAGAGGAGAGGAGGGACAGUGAAACCAUAGAAACCAUGGCCCCUCGCCCCUCUUCCUCUACAGCGACUAUGUGUCUGACUGUAGAAGAUCCAUAUUUUGACUCUCCAACAGAAGAACCAUCUCCACACCCGUGGUCCUCCUCUGGGACCCCCUCACUGAGCCUCAAUGACCAGCCUGUGGAAGUCUUCACCUGCAAUGACUCUGGCACUUUAGAUGUCCAUUCUGAUGAUGAAAUCCCUCCUCCUCUGCCUGAAAGAACUCCUGAGUCUUUUGAAAUACCUGAAAAUACAGAGCCAUGUGUGAGAUUAUCUGUGGUAAUUCCUCCAAAUGCUGCAGCUGCUGCUGUCAGGGAACUGACAGGUAGUAGUACAGGUAGUAGUCCUCCAUCACCGGCCCCCCCACUUCCAGAGAGGACACCGGAGUCUUUUGAGUUAGCAAUAGAUCCAUCUCCAUCAGAGGAGAAUAUAGAGCCCACCCCUCCUGUAAACUUGAACCUGCUGGGUGUGUCUUCAGAGUGGUCCGGCAGCUCUGGGGCUGGUGUGGACCAUAAUGAGACAAAGACCUGGUCCAGGAGUAAGAGUCUCAGAGCAAAAAUGACUUUUUCAGAAUUCACACAACCCAAACAGACCUCAAAUACCAGUUCAAAACCCCCUCGAAGACCUCUGGAGUUACCUCCUCCACCUCCUCCUCCAGGGCACCCACUUCCAGCUGUCUCUCCACCUCUCACACAAGACAACACUCAUGGCUUAAACCGCUUGGGACCCCCACUCUUAGAAAUAGUGCCCCCCACUCAGAGCGUGGGCAUUUUCUCAGAGCAGAACGGACCAGCUCAGUCCAAGAGUUUCCUCGAUGUUGUCAUGAACCGGAGCAAGAGUGUUCGAGUAAAAGGGUCGUUCAGAGAACCCCCGGCUGCCUCUCGGUCCCGGACCCCUCCUCCUGCUGCUGCGGCGGCCUUGGAGACCACCACCCACACAAAUGCUGAUGAAGGACAUGCUGUGAAUAAUAAACUGUUGUCUGCUGGAGCUGAAGUGUCUGAGAAGAGCAUGAGCAGAUCUAAGAGUUUGAAGUUCUUCCGAGGCAAACACAAAACAAAACUGGAGCCUCCUCCAUCUCAACCCUCCACUCCUCCUCCUUCAUAUGAAUCACUCACUUCGUUUUUCAAAUUUGGAUUCGGGACUCGUUUCAGCAAACCAAAAGGCCCUAGGCGAUAUCCAGAGACUUGGGUUUGAUUCGGCUUGUCCCGAUUUAACUGUUUGCAUACGUCAAAUGCUGGAUGUAAAUUUACAAAGAAAGCUGCUUAAAAAGAGAAGAUAUGAUGUAAUAUAUAAAGAUAAAAUGCUCUCACAGACCACUGAUUUUGACAGAAUGAAAUGGCAGAAAGUAGGACUGAAAAAGAAAAAGAUUGACAACUAUGUUAAAGGUGUGCUAUGUAACUUUUCUGAUGGAGGGUAUGCCACCUAGAAUAGUUUGUAGCAAAGCUGAUUUAUCUCCGUGAAGACAAGCAGAUCAACAGGUCUUAUCUAUGGAAAGGCAAGCCAGGUUACAGUAAAAAUGCAUGUUUUUAAAGGUUUGUUACAUUGUGAAUUAAAACAAAUAUUGUAUAGACCAGUAUGUAGCAUUAUCAUUAUACAACAGUGUGUAUUUUGCUAAGUGUAAAAUGUAUUAGCUUAUAAUCCAAAAACAAUAUUAUUGCAGCCAUGGUUGACAAGCUUGAACAUUUCAUUCAAUUUUAUAAGAAAAUAUCAGACAGAAAAAACAGUCUGCCAUUUUGUACUUGUCUUGAUAGUCAGCAUUUAUUCUUAAUGCCCAGGGAAUACUGUUACAAAGUAUUGUUCUAAAAGAAAGUUUAUUGUGUCGUAUUUGUAAGUGUGUGUAAGGACUGUGUGUCAAACUGCUUGUGGACAAAUAUAUUUAUUAAUAUAUUUAAACAUCAAA